AUGACGAACAGAAACCUUUCUGAAGAUUUGGUGGUGGAGAUACUGUCUAGGGUUCCGGUGGUAUCUCUGGCGCGAUUAAGAUCGACAUGCAAAAGAUGGAACAUUCUGAUCAGAGAUGGGAGACUUGCCAAGAAGCACUCUGCUAAUGCACCAAGUUCUCUGGUUCUCAUGCUUAUUGAGUUUAGGGUUUAUUUAUUAAAUGUUGAUUUUCGUGGAAUCCACGACAACAACGUUGUUCAAUCUGCAAAAAUAACAAGUCAAUUCAGCCUUAAAGACCCUAUUUUUGAUUCUUCGGAAGAAGAAGUCUAUAUACGUGAAGUUUUUCAUUGCGACGGCUUGUUGCUAUGCACCACCAAAGACAGUAAUAGACUUGUGGUUUGGAAUCCAUGUUCUGGGGAAACCAGGUGGAUCCAACCUAAAAAUUCCUACAAGGAAUCUGACCGUUAUGGUCUCGGUAAAUCCCUUUGCAACAAGUACAAAAUCUUGAGGCAGGAUAAUCUUAGCAUUUCAAGCCAAAAUAGACGUUACGAGUACGAAAUCUAUAACUUUACCUCUGAUUCAUGGAACGAUAUUGAUGUGAAUACCGACGGUUACAUUCCAGGGAGUUAGGAUCAUGGCAUGUCUGUGAAUGGAAACACUUACUGGCUUCAUCCUGAUGAACCAUACUUACUAAAUUUUGAUUUUCAAUUUCCAGUUUUUGUUCUCUUAUUAGUUAUGGGUUUUUAUUUCUUGUUUUUUGUAUCAUCAAUUGCUGGUUUCUUUUAUCGACAUGGGUUGCUUACACCUGAAUAG